AUGAUACCGAGCUCCCCCGUCUCAUGUAUUGGCCUUUUUCCACUAGUGAUUUGUACAAUUGGAAGUCCCAAAAUGCUCGGUUCUCAGAUAAUCCCAAAGAUCUAACCUCGUUGUUAGAUAGUAUCAUGUUUACUCACCAGCCUACCUGGGAUGACUGUCAACAGCUCCUCCGGAUCCUGUUCACAACGGAGGAGCGAGAAAGAAUCCAGGUCGAAGCUAGAAAAGGGGUUCCGGGAGAUGAUGGCCAGCCAACUGCAAAUCUGGACCUCAUCAACGCGGCUUUUCCUUUAACCCGACCCAGAUGGGGUUACAACACGGCAGAAGAUACUUUUUCAGGAUGGACAGAAGCGUUCCCAACUAAGAGAGAGACUGCCCAGGUUGUAGCAAAGAAAAUUUUGGAAGAAAUCCUCCCCAGGUAUGGCUUUCCCAUCCAGAUAAGGUCAGACAAUGGACCAGCCUUCGUUGCUAAGGUAAGUCAGGAUUUGGCUUCCAUUCUUGGGGCAGAUUGGAAAUUGCAUUGUGCUUAUAGGCCCCAAAGUUCAGGACAGGUAGAAAGAAUGAAUCGGACCCUGAAGGAGACCUUAACUAAAUUGACAAUGGAGACUGGCCCUAAUUGGGUAGUACUUCUCCCCUACGCUCUGUUCCGGGCCUGGAAUACCCCUUACAGACUGGGCCUCACCCCAUAUGAAAUCAUGUAUGGCAGACCCCCACCCCUGGUUCCCAGUCUAAAAGAUGACCUACUCAAAUCUGAAACCGAAAAUGUCUCUGAGCUCUUGUUCUCCCUACAAGCCUUACAGAAAAUUCACCAGGAAAUUUGGCCCAGGCUACCAGAACUGUACGAAACAGGACCUCCACCAACACCUCAUUCCUUCCAGCCAGGAGACUGGGUCUUAGUCAAGCGCCACCGACAAGAGACCCUCCAGCACAGGUGGAAAGGACCACUGCAAAUACUCCUGACUACUCCCACCGCUCUCAAAGUAGAAGGCAUCGCUUCGUGGAUCCACUACACACACGUCAAACCAGUGGACCCGACCUCCGAUCUUCUCGGGCCGAUUGCGGCAGCGACGGAGAGACCAACUACGUGGACUGUGGAUAAAGCUAAGAACAAUCCCUUAAAGCUAACCCUGAGCCGUCAUCCCCAUAGCGGUAACCAUGUCCAGCUUACCAAUGUUCUUAUAUCUUAUGCAUCUAACUCUCCUCACUGCUGCGCCGUCUAAUCCCUAUGUCUGGAGGUUUUGGCUCUAUGAAAACAAAACUCACCCCGGGGAAACCCCCCAGGCGGGUAAACUGCUAGCUAGUGCAGACUGACCCCCUCCAGGUGCAGUACUCCGAUUUACCUCCCUGUAUGGUGACCCAUACCAAGAAAAAUAUCCCUACUGCUAUUCGGCACAUAGCAACAGCCUCUGCAACCAAUCGGCUGCAUACCCUAGCAGCCCUCUAUAUGCUCCCCCUGGUGUAUUAUUCUGGUGUAAUAUGACUCUGUUAAAAACUCUGUCCAAAAGCAUUUCCGAUGGACAAUUGUGUAUCCCUGUUACCCUAGUCCCUCGGCUGACCUUACUGACCCCGGCUGAGUUCAUAGGCUGGGCAGGGACUGCCUCGACCAAGACUGUGCGGGAUAAGCGGGCAGUAUUUCUGCCCCUAAUUGCCGGAAUAUCCUUAACCACAUCCAUAGUCGCAGCAGGGUUGGCAGGGGGAGCCUUACAGCGUUCCAUAAUAGAAAACAACAAGCUGUUCCAACAAUUCUCUGUUGCUAUGGAGGACUCCGCCUAUUCCUUAGCCUCCCUUCAGGGGCAGCUCACCUCCCUAGCCCAGGUCACCCUCCAAAACCGCAGGGCCUUAGACUUAACUCACAGCAGAGAAAGGAGGUACCUGUAUGUUCCUCAAAGAAGAAUGCUGUUUCUAUAUAAAUGAGUCAGGAUUAGUUGAGGAGAGAGUCCAACGUCUACAUAAACUAAGCUUAGAAAUGAAAAAGCAACAGUUUACUACAGCAGCUAAUAAUUGGUGGAACUCUUCCAUGUUUUCUCUUGUAGCACCUUUCAUAGGCCCCCUAAUGUCUUUACUGCUUCUGCUGACUAUAGGCCCCUGCGUAGUAAAUAAAAUUCUACAAUUUGUUAGACAAA